AUGUCUCCAUCUCCGUUCGUAGCUUGGACAUCAUUGCUGGCGUUGUGGCCAUCGGCUCAAGCCACCUUUACCAUCACGGACCCAAGCGAUGUGAUCAAUCCUGCUGACUGGGCUGCUGAUAACGCCAUCCUAGCUGACUACAAUGUCACACCGAUUCUGUACCAGACCGACGCAAUCGUGGGGCCCUACACUUACAAUGGUCAAGCAGCGAACAUCAGCCACGCAACAUUGACUGUUUCUAAGAACGACACCAGUGUUCUGGUGGUCUCUAAUGACUCGGACGUCAGUGUGGAGUAUAGUACCAUCGUCAAGUAUGGGUACAGCUCCAACCUCUUCCAAGCCAGCUUCUACGGUCUCAAUGCCGCAGUUAACGUCGCCAAUGGCUCGACCUUAUCCCUCUCCAACGUGAACAUCACAACGCACCACGGCGCCGCCAACCUGUACACCUAUGGAUCCGGGAGCACCACGUACGUUGACAACGCGUGGCUGUACAGCUCUGGUCCCACCUCCCACGGCUUGUACGCCGGGGGCAACGGCACAGUGCAUGCACAGAAUGUCGUGCACUACUCUGGAGGUAACCGGUGCUCGUCCUUCAGUGGCGACAAUCCGGCCGGAUACAUCCACGUCCAGAACGCUGUGGCUCACACUGACGGUGUCGGCUCAGCCAUCUGCUACGCCUUGGGCCUCUGCAACAUGACUAACGUCAUCGGACAUGCUUCUCACGCGCCUGUGACGUUUUCAGACGGAGUUCAGACAACCAUCUGGACCAAUUCGGACCUGACUGCUGGUCUCCUCGGAGGCGUGGUGUUGUUUUCCUCGGCGACCGUAGAAUCCGGCGCCAGUGUCACGUUCGACAAUUCCAAGCUGACGGUGCUGGGUAAGACGAUGCCGGGACUUUGGUUUGGCAAUAUCAUCGCUAAUGCCAACAUCAUCUCGUCCCAAAUCAACAACACGGCUUCCGGGAUAUUGGCCGUCGCCAACUAUUCUCAAGUCACCCAGGACUUUGACUAUUACGCUGGGUACGCGGACAACAAUGAUCUAUCCCCAGCGGAGGCAACGAUCAACGUCCAGGAGUCGACUUUGUCCGGCCUCCUCGUCGCUUACAACGGCUCAAGCAUCAAUUUCAACUUGACGCAGUACUCAACCUGGAAAGGCUCCACUCAGUCUGGCUUCGGCGCUGCUUACUUUGGCGUCUCCCUUGACGCAACCUCCAACUGGACCUUGACAGCGAAUACCACGACGCUGCAGAACUUCACCGAUGCCGACUCCACAUUGUCCAACAUCGCGAGCAACGGGUUUUAUAUCCGCUACAACAGCACGUCAUCGGCAAACAAGCAGUGGGCAGGCAAGACAAUCUCACUUCAAGGAGGUGGCAGCUUCAUUCCCAUUUAA